UUAUUACUGUAACCGUAGCUUUCCAAAGAAGCUGUUAUUGAUGAAGAAAUUGAUUUUAUAGUGAUGCAGCCAAAACAAGAUGUCAACAUAUGAAACCUUUCUUUUGUUUUAUUUGUAAGUAUAUGACGGAACUGUGUUAUCAGAUAAUAUUCUGUGGUCAUGUAAAACAAAUAUGUACUUGCAUGUACUGUGUAUGCUGUUCCAAUGGAACAAAACAGCGUGCCUUCUCCCAGACUUGAAGGGAAUCAAGUUUAUUUCUACAGUACAUUUGAAACAAGCAUAGAUCUGUUGUAGAUAGCAAUGUAAUUUAUAAAGUCAUAUUAUGAUAGACUAUGCUAUAUUAUAAUCCAUUACCUAUGUCAUAAUUUAUUUUCAGAGUUGGCACAAGUUAUGUUUCAAGUGUGAAACAUGCGGCCUGUCAUUGAAUAUGAAGAACUACAAGGGGUACAACAAGUUACCCUACUGUAAUACCCACUACCCAACCACUAAAUUUACUUCUGUAGCUGACACACCUGAGAACCGUCGUCUCUCCCAGCAAACCAAAAACCAAAGUAAUUUGGCGUACGCUUCAGGGCACAAGGAGAAUUUGGGGAAGUUCACCACUGUGUCCGAUGAUCCAGAAAGCUUACGACUUAAGAAAAAUACUCACCAGGCUUCUGAUGUGACAUACAAAUCAAAUGUCCCAUCCCUACUUAAAGGCCAAGCCUCUCUCCCCGGUGCCCCUCCCCCAAGUAUGGGAUAUGCUCAACCCGAGCAGUAUCAGCCUCCAGCUGGGCGGGCUGAUCCCCCAUACCAGCCACCCCCUCCCCAGCCAGCAGCACCUGUCCAGCAACCCCCUCCCCAGCAGCUCUCUGCUCCUCCUCCUCCUGCCGCUUCAUCCGGACCACAGUAUGUGGCAGUCUAUGACUACGCUGCAGCAGAUGAAGACGAGGUGUCCUUCCUGGAGGGAGACAUGAUCAUCAAUGCUGAAGUCAUUGAUGCAGGUUGGAUGCAGGGCACUGUCAAACGUACAGGUGAAAGUGGUAUGCUUCCAUCAAACUAUGUUGAAGCAUCUUAAUAGGCCGGUGAAGCAAUUAAUCUACAGGUCAGCAAAAUUGAAAUUGAAAACAUUUAAAGAAAAAUUAAAAAGAAUGCCCAAUGCAUUAGCUUUGUUUAAGGUGCAUCAAACAAUCUUUACUUACCCAACAUUAUAGAUACAUAUAAUUGUGUUGAUUCAUGUUGGACUAUCUACAUGUGUAGAUAUUAGAUUUUCAAGACCAUUGUGCACUGUAGCCAAUUGAUUGAUAAAAACAAUAAUUUCUUGACUCUUUUCAAUAAACAAUGGAUUAGUAUUAGCAAAUCAGUAGUUAGAUGUCUUAUAAGUUAUAUUAAGUCUUAGCUUUUGCAUAGUGACAUGUUUGUGAAUAUAUAAAAGGAAUCGAUGGUAUGUGUUUUGUGAUUAAUUGCAAACAAGUUAUAUUCAUGUAUGAGAACACAGUGGCAGAUGACCAUUUUCACAUUAAAGUCACCAAGUGCCUUGCAAAGAAAGAAUUAUUUUUGGGAUGUACACUUGUAUACUAACGUAGCAAAGACUUCUUGUAACCCUUCUUGUAGGUAUGUAAGUGAAUGUUGUUGAAUUGAAGCUUGCAAGUAGGACCAUGUAACUGCAAACAAAAGACUUCUUAAAUUUAAAAAGUAUGUAAACAUUAUAUCUCACCUAAACUUAAGAAUGAUAUACAUUGUUUGAAUGUAGAUACUUGGAUAUUAACUUAGAAUAAUGAUAUCAUCUCUACUGACAUAGAAAUAGAAUUAGCGAUAGUAGAAAAACUAGAAAAAAACAAAAUUGAAUCACAUUUUUGCCGUAAAAAAACUAACUCCUAUCCGAAUGAAGCAAAUGUGACUGAAAUAUCUCACAAUCUGUAUUAAUUACAUUCUUGAAAUGAUUGAUAUUAUUUGUAAUAUAAACAAUAUUGAUAAAUCUUAUCUUUCUUUAUCUCCCAUUGUUAAAUGCAAAAGAGCCUAUCUUAUAUCGGUUAGAAUAUUAUUUAUUUGUUUGUUUCUCUUUCUUUUUCUAACAUUCCAAGUUCAGUAAAUCUAAAAUGAGGAGCUUUCCAUUUUACUGGUACUUACCUCAAUUUGUUUAAUGUCAAUUAUUAUUAGUAGUCACCCUUUUUACUACUAGCUAGCUUAUAAUGAUGUUUAACUUGGUAAAGAAGGGAAUUAAUUGGUGUGUAUAUUAUCAUUUCCGUGAUAUAUUUUUACAUAAAUCUAGAAAAGGUAAAAACAUGGCUGUGAUAUUAUUUGUGUUUCAAAAACUCUGAUUGAUAUUAGGAGUGUCUUACAUAAAUAUGAUGAACAUAAGAAUUACCAAAUGCAACAUACCGUUAAUUUUUUAUAUUAUUGUCAGUCUUGUCAAAUGUCAAUAUAAUUUGUUUCAUUCCUUGUGUUUUAAGUGCAGGGAUUUGUUUUAGCAUAUAAAAGUAUGUGUAAAAGUCUGGCUCUUGUUCACUGAUGUAGUUAACAGAUACCGGUAUGUUUAUAUCAUUUAAUGAUUUCACCUUCAAUGCAAAGCUCUCUGUUCUAGGGAUUCAUGUGUAAAAUGUUGGAACAUUUGUAGAAGUAGAUCAUUAUGCUAUUUUCUGUUGUUAAGUUAGAAAACAUAUGAAUGACUUGUUUGUACUUAAAAGUAAUUAGGUUACUUUUCAAAAGCAUUGUUUUUGUACAUAUAUUUGAGCAUGUAUACAAUACAAUUAUAUAAAAUGGGAGAUGUUUAUGUUUUAUUAUUUCUUACCAAAUGGUAGUGAGGAAAUGGAAUUGACAAGCAUGAUAGCCAAGCUAAUAUCUUCGUUUUCAAGGCAAAGAACAAAUAUUGAUAGGCAAGCAAAUUUAGAUAUUUUAGAAAUAAUUGGCCAGGUAUACAUGUACAUAAUAAGGGCCAUAGAGUGUCCAAAAUUAUGCAAAAGGGGCAUGAAAAUAGAUAAAGAGCAGAUAUCAUACAUUUGUAACUAAAAAAAUAUGCUUUACAUGUAUAUUAAUAAAGAAGUAUGGUUAAACAUUUUUCACUGAUAAAAUUGGUACAUAGACAAAAUAAGAUAAUGUCUGGUAUAUUAUGAACUUGUGGGUUUUUUCUUCUUCACAGGUGAGUUAUGCAGUUGUAUGUUUUGCUAGAAAUGCUCAUCAUAAAAAUAGAGCUUCUUAAAACAGUGUUAUACCAAAAUAAAAUCAUAUCUAACAGGCCAAAGGUUGUAAAACACCAAACAACACCACAUUUGAGAAGGAACAAUACAAAAGAAUGUGCCAUUAGAUUGAAUGUGGCAGUAACUAAAAUAAAGAGGGUUCUCAUGGUCAUGGAAAAACUAGCUGGAAAGUGAUGGACAUUGAUUGAUCAUGGGUAUGUGCUGUGUGUGGCUAUUGCAGUCCUCCAGUUUGAACAGACAAUGAGCUUUGUAUUUGUACACUGCUUGGAUGCUGCAACCCAUACCAAAAUGGUACUUAUCUGGUCGAGGAAAAAAGGCAAAAAUGGGUUUUUCAAAGUCAUGGAAUUCAUGGAAUUCGGUUCUGAAAUAGCUGUAUGUGGAAUCCCUAAAAAAGCAAUUCUUUUGAUCAUAUCUUACUAAAUUGAUAUAUUAUAUCAUGUGUAAAGAAUACUGGGCCAAAUAAAAUUUUAUCAAUCUAUUCUGUGAUAAUAUGGAAUUCUAACAUAGAAUUCUUCAUUUGUUUCUUGAUGCUAUUCUCACUGAUCAUGUCAAAGUAACCACUCAAUAAAUGGUAUUGAACUAACUUCAA